AUGAAUAUCUUGUCAUAUAACGUAAGAGGGCUUGGAAGGAGGGUCAAAUGGCCCACAAUAAGGAGGCUAGUGAGGAAGCACAACAUAGACCUAUUAUGCCUCCUAGAGAUGAAGAAAGAGCAAAUUGACAACACAAUGUGCCAGGCAUUAUGGGGAAAUCCUGAUGUGAAUUGGGAACUACAACUUGCUGUAAAUAUAGCAGGGGGACUAUUGUGUAUAUGGAGUGAGAAAAGUUUCAAAGUGGAACGUAAAGUUAGUGGCAGAGGGUUUAUUCUACUGGAAGAAGUAUGGAUUGGAGAGGAUCAUAAGCUGAUUAUAGCUAACAUAUAUGCUCUUUGCGAUCCUAGUAGCAAGAGAGCUCUCUGGGAGUCUCUCAAACAACUCAAAAAUCUGAACCCUACGGGCCUAUGGUGCUUGUUGGGAUAUUUUAACAAUGUCAGAAACCCAGCAGAAAGGGUGGGCUUAUCCCAGAGGGGAGCGGAGGACAAAAUCGUCAGUGAAUUUAAUGAGUGGAUAGAGGAUCUUGAAGUUGUAGAGCCACCAUGGGUGGGGAGAAAUUACACGUGGUUUAGACCAAAUGGGACAUCAAAAAGUAAACUGGAUAGAGCACUUGUAUCCCCUGACUGGUUCACCAAAUGGCCUACUAGUACACAAUUUAUUUUGGACAGAAAUUUCUCGGAUCAUUGUUCGGUUCUGCUCAAAUCCAAAAAUAUGGAUUGGGGGCCCAAACCAUUCAGGAUACUUGACUGCUGGCUCAAGGAUAGCUCAUUCGAGAAGACAAUUUCUGAAUGUUGGUCAUAG